AUGGAUAUGGAGGCGGAGCUUGACAUGUUAGGAAUUUGCAAGCCUGUACUCCGUACUGAUGACGACUGGUCGGAUUCUGAUAGUGUGGCAAGUGGUGGAAGCAGGAGGUCAAGCAUUUUACCGCCCGCAUAUAAACGGGCUGGAAUUUCAAUGGACCUUGCAACACAACGCGCCAAUGAGUUCUUGCUUUCAGGCAAAGAAGCAUUAGAGAAAGCGGGAAAGAUGAAGCGCGAGUGUAAACAGGAAGUUCACGAUUGCCUUCAAGGACUUUAUGAAACGGUGUUAUCGCUCUCGGACUCACGCUCUCGACACCGGCUCGCAUUAGAACAAGAGCGUAGUCGAGCAGCAAAAGAACUGGUAAGAUUCGAGAGAGCACAUAACAAACAAAUCUCAGACCUGCAAUCCUUACAGCUUCAAAAGUUCAGGGACAUCCAACAAGUCAUCCAAGAAACUCAAAAAUCCGUAGAGUCAAUAAGGGGAUGGCUUAACUAUGAAAUGGAUGACCCUAUUAAGGCUAUCUACCAAAUUCGACAGGAUAUUAGUGGAAUAUCCACUAGAAGUACUAAUGAAACCCCCAAUUAUACCACUGUUAAUCGAGAAACUUUACCCAUCGAGAACACAAUGGUAUUUACGAAUCAGAUAAGGGAGGUGAUUGAACAAAUAAAAGUGCUUAGCCGUAAUAUUGGUGACCUUAGGGAUAAAAUGGCAGAUAAGGAAAGUAUUAGGAGCAUUACUUUGGCAAUGGAUGAGUUAAAAGGGCCACAAAUAGACCCUAAUGUCAACAAUAUCAAAGUAAUUAAAAACAUGAUUCAAGAGUUGCAAACAAGACCACAGUGCUCCAAAUCUUCACAGUGGGCAUACCAAAACAACUCUGGUCUAGGCACAGAGCUUGCAAUAGCAGAAAUCAAGGAAAAACUAGAGCACUUAGAAGCAUGUAAUAAUAGCUCUAUGAUGAUGAACAAAACCACUGAUAACCUAAACUACCAUGCUUCUAAAGAGCAGCAAGCGGCCGGUCCAAAAAGAUCUUAUGCUGAAGUUCUCACUAACCCUACCUUUUCUCUCGUAAUAGAAUCUUCUGACCCACGGCAUACAAGUGAGGGUGUUGUUAGUGCUAUUAAGACUAAUGUUGAUGUGGUGCAAUUGGGAGUGGGAGUCAAUAAAGUUAGAAGAGCCAGAAACCAGAAGGUAGUUAUUACGUGUGACACAGACGAAGACCGUAACACAUUACAAAGGGCGAUAAAAAAUUCAGAUAAAAAGCUUACAGUGUCUAAGUCAAUCACAAAAAAACCCCUAUUAAAAUUAAUAGGAGUAACAAAUGACUUAAGUAAUGCAAAGUUAGAAGAAGCACUAUUUAAGCAAAAUGCUAAGUUGUUAAAAGACGUGGAAAAGGAAAAAACUAAAAUUAAAGUCUUAAGACGAAUCAAGGGCCGCACAUCAGCAGUCAAUAAUAUCAUAAUGGAGGUAAGCCCUAAUGUCUGGAAAGCAUUUAAAGGUCAAAAAGUGCACGUUGGCUAUCAAAUAGUUCCAGCCAUUGACCAGUCACCAGUAAUCCAAUGCUACCGAUGCAUGGGAUUUGGUCACAGAGCGAAAGAAUGCGUGGCAGACAAACAAACUUGUGGUUACUGUGCGGAGGAUCAUGACAGUAGGGAAUGUUUACGCAGCAACGGAGCACCAUCUUGUGUGAACUGUGUCAGAAACAAAAUUAAGGGGGACUAUUGCCAUACAGCAUACAGUGCCGAUUGCCCAAUAUGGCAGAAAUGGGAUAGAAUAGCAAGAUCCUUAGUAGCAUAUUGCUAA